AUGAAGAUGGAAAACCCAGACUACAAUUCUGAUAGUCAGAGCACCUUCGAAGAAGGCUCAAAAAAGUCGCUAACUCGGAACAAACGACUCUGGACAGCUCAAGAAGAUGAAAAGCUUCGCGAGCUUGUGAAAACUCACGGCGCUAAGAAUUGAAAAGCCAUUGCUCGGUACUUUGAUGGCCGCACAGACGUCCAAUGCUUGCACAGGUGGCAGAAGGUCCUCAAUCCAGAUCUGGUAAAAGGCCCUUGGACCAAAGAAGAGGACGAGAUCGUUGUAAGGCUCGUAAAAAAGUACGGGCCCAGGUAUUGGAGCACAAUUGCCAGCAACCUGCCAGGGAGGAUUGGCAAACAGUGCAGAGAGAGGUGGCACAACCACUUGAACCCCAAUAUAAAGCGUGACGAAUGGACCACAGAAGAAGACAUCGCCAUAAUCCAAGCACACAAGGAGCUGGGAAACCGUUGGGCUGAAAUUGCAAAGAGGCUGCCAGGCCGAACUGACAAUGCGAUCAAGAACCACUGGAACUCCACGCUCAAGCGCAAAAUCAAGCUGUCCAAGAAAGAGUUUUUGGCCGAGGCCGCGAAUCCAGCCAAGAAGAAGACAAGCCCUGACGACCCACUGACGGCCUUUUUAAAGCUCCAAAUGGAAGAAAAUGGCCUGAAGCGUGAGGCUGUGCAGGCUGAAGAAAAAGAAGAACAGCCAGUGGCGAUGACUCCUGAGCCGAGGGAGGCAGAAAUCUCUUAUGAGAUGUGGACUCCUGAAAAGCAGCCAGUUCAAGUGCUAUACUACGUGUCACCUGAUUAUCGAGACAUGACAGUUAAUCAUUCGAUUACCUCGAGGACGAUCAUUCAGAGCAUUGAAGAGCAAGCUAAAUGCUUGGAUUCCUGCUCAACUAGGUAA